CUAUUUUAUUUCUUUUAAAGUUGAUACAGGAAUACAUCUCUACAUGUUUAAAAAUAUGAUUGGAUCUGAAAAAAGAGGAUUUUUAUUAAGCACGGUUGUAACAGUGCUUAGCUUUAAGAUAUCGUGUUAAACAUCAGUUUGAAAUUGAUCGAUCUAUUUGUGUCCUCGUAUCAGCGGAGUACAAAACAAUUUACUUCCUAGUUACAAAAUAAACAGAAAAUGACUGUCUGAAAUAGUUUGCGAGUCAUUUUUAAAAUCAAUGUAGAAAAUGGCUUCUAAUUUUGAAUCAUCCAUUCAGAGGGGCUGUGACGUCAUUAACGAUUUUUCCUGCUCUCCGUGUGAAGAGAACGGAUUAAACACCGAAGCUCACCAUUUUUGUACUAAAUGCACGAAAUAUUACUGCAAAAAUUGUGUUUCAAAACACAACGGAUUAUAUCAGAAGCACGCUGUGCUCGGCCGGAAGGACGUGAAGAAAUGGGAGGCAGCCUUACGUGUGUCGGACGCCCUGGAGAGAUGCGAGAUGCAUCCCGGGGAGGCACUGAAGCUGAUAUGUGAUGACCAUGAUCAGCUGUGCUGCCAUGUGUGCGUCGCCGUGGACCACAGACAAUGUUCCAAACUCCAUCCCAUUCCAGAUGUAGCAAAAGGAAUUCAAAGAAAUAUUGAGUUUCAACAGAUUCCAAAGAAGAUAGCUGAACUUGAAAAGCAAUUCGAGCUGAUGAAAGCAGCAAGAAUGAAGAAUACGACAUCUCUCAAAAAGACGCGAGUUGCCAUAUCUGAUAAAAUUAAAACCAUACGUAAAAAGAUAAACGAAAUCCUUGACAAGAUUGAGAUGACAACUGUUCAGAACUUGGACGGAAUAAUAACUAAACUUGAAAAAAACAUAAAGAAAGAUAUUGAAACUUGUGAUGGAAUGACUAUCAAACUGCAAAACAUGAUUGCCGCUUUUAAAACCAAAGCAAAGUCAAGCGAGUCAAAAUCAUAUAUUGCGUACAGAAAGAGCCAGUAUAUGAUUUCACAAGCAAACGAUCAUCUUCGUGGCAUAUCAGCCAUUGAAUGUUACAAUGUAACAUUUCAAGCCAAUAAUCUUAUAGAAGAACUUUUAUCUCCAAUAAAGACUUUUGGAGCUAAUGAAGAACAAACUGUUAUGGCAAAACAGCGAAAAGAUCCCCUUUCCGAUCCAAACCACGUAUUCAGUGGUGCAGAGUACAAGAAGUACAACGUGAAGAUGAGGGGUGACAAACUUCAAUGUUAUAUCCGCGGCGUAUGUGAAAUGCCUAGUGGAGAGUUUGUCAUAGCAGACGAGUACAGGGUGGUCGACCAUUGGGAUGUCCCGGGGAGUCCAAGAGACGUGUGCCACAUUGACGGAAAUGAAGUGGUCGUUUGUGCUUACAGUAAUAAUGAUGAUAGAAGAGGACUUUAUUUCAUUAAUGCUACGAAAGGGAAUCUCGUGUAUUCGAAGAAAUUUAUUUUCAGCCAUGAAUGUAUGUCCGCAGCUCAUCAUGGUGGCCAGCUAUACAUCUCCUCCGGUAAAGCACUGUACGUCUACACGAUGUCGGGGCAGAUGGUGAAUAGGCUGUACGAGGACAAGUCUGGGGGUAACACGGUGUGGAAAUGUGCUAUCAGUAACGACGGCGAAACAAUCUACAUCACAAACUACAAUGAACAUAAAGUAAUCACCCUGGACAACAACGGCAACAAGCUGGCCUUACUCACUGACCCUGACAUGAAAGAACCUACCGGAGUACACGUGACACCUGCUGGACACGUGUUCGUCUGCUGCUAUAACCCCGGUACUGUGCUGCAGGUUGACAAAGACGGGAAGAAAAAGUUGGCCACCCUGGCAAGGGAAGAAAACGGAGUGUACGGACCGUUUGAUUUAUAUUUCAGCAGGCGCACUUCUUCUCUGAUUGUUGGUGGAUCAAAAGACACUCUUCUUGUUAUCAAGUUAAUUUAUCACUAAAAACUAUGAAUGUUGAUAUGGUACUAUCGAACUGGGAUAUUUUCUAUUGUUGCAAAGUAUAUUGAGGAAUAGUCAUAUAUAAUUAAUUUGUUUAGUCCCCUGGUUAUAUGAUAUGAAUCCAAAAGCUUCUUGUGAAUUCUUAUAUUUGGUCGAAUUUUGGACAAUUUAUAUCCAACAAACUACGUGAAUUUUUAUAUAUAUUUGUUCCAUUUGAUGAAUGUAGAAUUUUAAAUUUCUGUGUAUAUAUAUUAACAAGCAUAUGAACGUUGUUGUUUUU